AACUGUUCUUGGAUUGGGGAGAGAUUUAAGUGGGAGCAGACUUAUGGACUAGUUCUUAUCUGUGGGUAAGUGCCCUGUGGUGUGGCUGCAUGGUGGACUGCGAACCACAAGGUCACGUAGGAGUCGCCUGGAUGGCAGUGAGUUUGAUUUGUGAGUAUCUCCAGAUGGCACUGUUUACAACACUGUCACUUCUCCAGAGUCCGCACAAUGAAUGCAUUUAGUUUCAGCAGAAGGAUGAAGUGGAAUAAAAGGAGGUAUUUAAAAGUAAUACUUAUCAAAAAGGACCCAAAACACCACAACUAGGGAUUUGUAGCUUUGAGCACUGCUGACAUGUGUCAUUUGGUGCUUGGAAAUGACCUUGCCAGGCUAAUGCUAACUGUCUUCACAGCACAAGAGAAAGCGUCGCUCCAUACCUUUAAGCUCGUCUGAACUCCCCCCACCAGCGUCAGACAAAGGCUCCUUUCUGCAGACCACGGAGAUCUCGCUCUGGACCCUGGUGGCUGCCAUUCAGGCCGUGGAGAAGAAAAUGGAAUCCCAAGAUGCCCGCUUGCUGACCCUGGAGGGGCGCACGGGGACGGCCGAGAGGAAGCUGGCCGACUGCGAGAAGACGGCCGUGGAGCUCGGGAACCAGCUGGAGGGCAAGUGGGCCGUGCUGGGCACGCUGCAGCAGGAGUACGGGCUGCUGCAGCGGCGGCUGGAGAACAUGGAGAACCUGCUGCGUAACAGGAACUUCUGGAUCCUGCGGCUGCCCCCGGGCAGCAAGGGCGAGGUGCCCAAGGUGCCCGUGACCUUCGAUGACGUGGCCGUGUAUUUCUCUGAGCAGGAGUGGGGCAAGCUGGACGAGUGGCAGAAGGAGCUCUACAAGCACGUGUUGAGGGGCAACUACGAGACCCUGGUCUCCCUGGACUAUGCGCUCUCCAAGCCUGACAUCCUCAGCCGGAUAGAGAGGGGAGAGGAGCCCUGUGCUGAGGACCAGCAGGACUGGGAGAAGGAGAAGGCAGUGAUCUGUCCACGGACGCCAGGAGCAGGCCUCCUUCCUGGCCCCGCCAAUCCAGCCCAGGAAGAGAUGGGAGCAGCAGAGGCCUUGGAAGCUCGAGACGCACCACCUGGGCCUGGUAUCGGGUCCCCAGCCAACACCCGUGUCUUGUCCUCGAUCAAACACAAUGAAGAUUCUGGUGGGGAGUUGUCCACCUCCUCUCCCCAAGACAUGGGACCAGGUGGCGGCUGCUGGAUCAAGAUGGAAGCCCAGUCUGAGGAAGAACUGACCCAGGAGCAGCUCUCUGGAUUUGGGGCCCCGGGUCAGACUGAGUGUGAAGUUCCCCAAGAGCCUGGGGACAGAGCGACAGGCACCAGCCAGCUGCAAGGUGGCCAGCCUGUGCCCAGGGAGAGGCCCGAGGCCGCGGGGGAGUCGUGGCUUGUUCUCCGCAGCCGCCAGCAGGAACGGGCCUUCCCCUGCCCCGACUGUGGUCAGAGCUUCCGCCUGAACAUCGACCUGACUACCCACCGGCGGACCCACCGGCGAGCCCACCGGCAUCCCCCCGUGGAGGAGGCCCCUAGUGCAGCCCACUACAACCCGCCUGCCACUGGCGGGACCGCCCAGCCCGCGCUGGAGCCUGGUGAGGUGCUGGUGUCCGGCCCGGUCAUUGGCUGGCUGCCAGCCAGGCCCUCAGGCCGCAGGCCUGGAGCGAAGGUGUACCACUGCAGCCAAUGCAUGCGUGGCUUCCCGCAGCGCAGGAGCCUGCUGCUGCACCAGCGCCAGCACGCCGGCGGCCCCCGAAAGGGCAAACCCAAGCCCAGCUGCCUCUACUGUGGCAAGGCCUUCAGCUGGCCCUCCGAUGUCUUCCGCCAUGAGCGCAUCCACACGGGUGAGCAGCCCUUCCAGUGCCCUCAGUGUAGCAGCACCUUCCGGCGCCACUCCGAGCUGUCCGAGCACCAGCAGACGCACGAGGACCCGUGGGCAGGGAGGGCCCGCCCUUGGUCACCAGACGCCCGGGCCACCUCUUCUUUGCCAGACGGCCGGGCCGCCUCUGCAGAGAGAGCUCCGAGUGGGAGGGAGCUGCCGCCUCGGUGACAGCAACCCACCGCCCACCCCAGCCCCGCCUUGGGUGACAGCCCCCAAGGGAUGGCUGGCACGGCCGGAUGCCUGCAAGCCCUCCCUGUGCCUGCAGCUUGAGGCCCCGGCUGUGAAGGAGCCUCUUGGCCCCAUGGUGGCCCUGAGGCCAACGGGUUCCGCACUGGGGUCUGGGCCUUUGACCUUGUGCGGCCACCAGCCUGAGAAACUUCACAGUAGACAGUGGACAGACCGCGAGUGAUAAGACACAGAUUUUAUUUCUCCACUUUGUUGUUUGGUUUCUCUUGAAUAGAACAUUUCCUGUACUUUU